UCAAAUAGUAAACUUCAACUUAUAAUUAUUAAGAUUCUUUCAAUUCUUACAUCAUCAACUACUUCUGAAUAUAAUUUUUCUACUUUUGAAUUUAUUCAUAACAAAAUUCAUAAUUAUUUAUACAAUGAUCAUGUUAAAAAACUUGUUUAUAUCUAUACAAAUCUUAAAAUUCAUGAUAAUAAGAAAUUAGAUAAGUUAAAUAAAAUUAAUAUUAAAAUUGGUAAUAAAAAUAAUGAAAGUAUUGAAGAAGAGAUUGAUAUUAAUAAAGAAAUUAAUAAAGGUGAUGAUAAUAUUUUACAAGAUUUUGAUCUUAUUUCAGAAAAUAUUAAUUUAAUAGAUUUGAUAGAUGAUUUAAAUAAUAAUUAUAACAAAUAA